AUGAAUAAAGAAAAUAAUAAUACUAUUCUUACUAUAAAUUAAACUGGUAGAAAAACUAUGAAGAUAAAUUCAAAUGAUAUGGAUUAAUUUGUCAAUUCAAGAAUUGUUUUAUUAUAAAAAUAAUUAUUAGAAAAAGACUUAGAAAUUGAAAAUUUAUCUAAAUUUAACUAAGAUCCAAAAAAUUAAAAUUCAAAUAGGUAUCGUUUAAUAGAAAUCAAGUAAUAAACACUUACAACUGAAAAUUAACAAUUAAAAACAUAAUUAUAAUAAUAUGAAUCCUUAAAUAAAACUCUACAAAAAAAGUGUGAAUAAUAUUAAAUAUAAAUUGAAUAAUUAACAUCUGUUUUUGAAGAGACUUAAAAAUAAUUAGAAUAAGAAAGAUAAGAUAAAUAUAAUAUAGAAUUCUAAAAGUCAUCAAAUCAUAUGGAUGUUUAAUAAGAAAAGAUAUUAAUUAAAACUUAAUUAGAUAAUUUAAGAAAAGAAAAAAGUUAACUUAUUCUUAAAGUUAAAGAAUUAUAAAAUUCAAUAUAAUUGUAAGAAUAGAGUACUAAUUCAAAUUGUUCAGAACUUUCUUUUUUAAAAUAAUAAUUAUAGUAGUAAAUUCAAAAAUCAUCAGAAUAUAUAGAAAAAACAUAAAAUUUAGAGGUCAAAAAUACUUUAUUAGUAGCUUAAAGUAAAUCUAAUAUUUCUCAGAAUGAUGAAUUAAGAAAUUUAAGAUCAUAAGUGAUAUAAUUAUAAAAAGAUAAAAAUUCACUUCUUUAAAACUAAUAAGAUUUAGAAACUAAAUUAAGACUUUAAUCUGAACAUGUAUUAAAAUUAUAAAAUCUAUUAAAUGAGAAAACUAAAUAAUUGAACAAAUAUCAAGAAAAAUUAAAUUAAAUUGAAUCUAUUGAAGAAGACAAUUCAAUAUUAUAACAAGAUUUAGAAAAAAUGACAAAUUCCUUAGAAGAAAUAUAAUUAGAAAAUUAAAGAAUUGUCAAGUUUUAAUAAUAAAAAAUUGAUCAAUUAAAAAAGGAACUUUUAUAAACUGAUUUUAUAAGGGAAGAUAAUAAUAGAAAAUAAGAAGAAAUUUCUUAAUUAAAAUAUAUAAUAGAAAGAAAAAAAGGAGAUUAAGAAAAAGAUCAGGAAUAAUUAUAAGAAGUAAAAAUAAUUAUGAAAUAUUUUAGUUAUAACAAUUAAAAGAAGCUACAAAAUAGUGGGUUUUAGAGAAAGAUAAUUACUAAAAGAAAAUAAAUUUAUUAACAGAUGAACUUGAUAAAAUCACUAAAUAGUAAUAUGAUUAAUUGAGAAUUUAAGUUGAAUCUUAGUUAUAGUUGAAGUUUACAACUGAAAAAGUAUAAUUGGAAAAUCAUAUUUGGCAAUUAAGUUCAUAAAUUAAUGACUUACAAACCUCAUUAGAAUAAUAUUCAACAAAAUUUAGUUAAAUAAAUAUUGAAAAUGAUUAAUUAAGGGAACAAUUAAAUGAAAAGUAAGUUACUUAAAAAACAGUAAUAGUUUUAGAAGGAUAAUUAAGAAAUUCUUGUAGUGAACUUGAAAAAAUAAAAAAUAUGUUCACAUAAAGAAAUCAAGAAUUAGAUUUAGCUAGAAAUAAGAUUUUAGCUUUAGAAAGUUGUGCUAAUUAUGCAUAAGAAUUAGAAAAAAAGGUUCAAACUUUAAUGUAAGAUAAUUAAAGAUUAAAUUCAAUUAUAAUGGAUAGAUGCAAAAAUAAUUGGUGA